AUGACAAAUACUGAAAAACAAUCAGAUGAAAUUUUAGUAUUACAAUCAAUAUUUGAGAAAAAAUUUCAUCUUCUUGAUGAUAAUCAAUAUGAAAUAUUAAUUGAAUUUGAUCUUAUUACACGUUUCACUAUUCGAUUUAAUAAUCAAACAUCUCUUAUUCAACAUUUACCACCAUUUACUCUUAUUAUUCAUUAUCAUGAUGAAUAUCCAAGUGAUUAUCCACCAUCAUUUAUUCUUUCAUGUUUUUAUUUUUCAAAAUUUCAUUUACAAAAACUUUGUCAAAAACUUGAUCAUUAUCCAUUUGUUAAAGGAGAUGUAUGUGUUUAUGAUUGGAUUGAAUUAAUUAAACAUGAAAUUAAUACUGAACUUAAUUUUAAUAUAAAAUUUGAAGAAGAAGAAAAUGAUCCAAGAGCAUUAAAUGGAUAUUUAGAUGAAAAUGUAGAAAAAAUGUUUCAAUACUUAAUUAAUUAUAAUCAUGAACGUGAAGAAGAACAAUUUCGAAAUCAACUUCAAACAUGUUUAAUUUGUGCAAAUAUUCUUCCAGGUAGCGAAUGUAUUUAUCUUCAUCGUUGUGGACAUUUUUAUUGUCGAUCUUGUUUAAAUAACUAUGUUCAAAUAACAUUAGAUAAUGGAAAAUUUGGUGAAAAAAUUCAUUGUCCAGAAAAUGAAUGUAAACAAGUAUUACUUCCAACAGAAAUCAAAGAAAUUCUUCAAAAUGAUCAGUUAUAUGAAAGAUAUGAAAGAAUUACAUUACAACAUAGUUUGGAUUUGAUGAAUGAUAUUCUUUGGUGUCCAAGAUGUCAAUGUGCUGUUCUUAUCAAUAAUGGUGAUGAUAAUUUAGCUAUGUGUGAUCAGUGUCGUUAUACAUUUUGUAAAAAAUGUAAAGAAAUAUUUCAUUCUCAAACAUUAUGUCGAAAAGAAUAUCUAAUUCAACAAUUGAAAUUACAACAAGAAAAAGAACGUCAACGAAUUGAACGACAACGAGAAGAAGAAGAAGAAGCUCUUGCACAAAUGACUAAAACAAAAGAAAUGAAGAAAUCUUCAGUUAUAGAUAAAGUUCCUAGACAAAAAUAUCGUCAAAUUGUGAUUAAAUUAUCUGAAGAAAAUGCUUUACUAGAAGAGAUUUUAAAUGCUGAACGAAUAGAAUCACUUAAUACUCAACGUUGUCCUAAAUGUAAUGUACGAAUUGAAAAAAAUGGUGGUUGUUCACAUAUGCAUUGUUCACGAUGUAAUCAUGAUUUUACUUGGCAAACAAUUGACACUUCUCAAAUUGCUAAUACUAUUUCAUUAAUGGAUAAUCCCAAUCUUGUACAUGUAGAAUCUAUCAAAGAAGAAUUAAACAAAGAAAUAAACAUAGAUGAAGAUCAAAAUGAAGAGGAUUUGGAAAUUUCGAUUAAUAAUCGAUCAACUAUUGGUUCUGCUAUUGUUAAUCGAGUAAAACAAUGUCCAGCCAAAUCAUGUAGAAAACUUAAUGUUAAAAUGGAUAAAGAUAAUUGGAUGGUAUGUAAUGAAUGUAUGAAACAAUUUUGUUUUCAAUGUGGACGUUUAAUUCAUGGAACACGACAUUUUGAGAAAAAAUGUCAACGAUAUACAACUAUUUGA